CGUUCAAUACCGACCAUAUGCUCGUAUUGGAAUUUUACUCCAAUACACAUCGAUCAGAACCGUUCGGGGUAUAUUUGUUGUAAUAGCUAUGGGAUAUCUAUAAACACCGCGGGAUUUCAUACAACGUACGACAUGGUUUAUACGUUUAACAGAAUAUUUGUGAAUUAAACCAAAAGUAACACAUUAUGUGAAGUUAUUUAUGCCACGUUAAUUAGUGCGGAUAUACAAUAGCGUUGUUUAUAUUGCUGUGAAAUAGUUUCCAAGGGAAUUUCGUCAUAACAGUGUACGUGUUUUCACAACUGAUACUGAACAAUAUACUGUGCAAGUGGGAUCCGUAGUAAAUUGUUCAACAAAUAUAGUUCAAAUUGAUAUUUAUUUAAGAGAUUACAAGGUUGCUAUGGAGUAUGUUCAGUUGCUACGGACGCAGUGAACAAAAGUACAGACCGAUGGGGUGUGGCAUGAGCUCUGAAGUUCCGGAAGGAGAGCCCAGGACGGUGGUAGUGUUCGGCGCCACAGGGCUGCUGGGUGGAGCAGUUGCGCGCGCACUCCUAGAGGACCCCCUGCACUUUCGGGUGCGAGCGGUGACAAGGCGGCCGUCGAGCGAACGUGCUAGGAAAUUGGCCGAGGAAGGCGCAGUGAUCGUGACUGCGAACCAGAAUGACAUCGCAAGCCUCGAGAAGGCGAUGGAGGGAGCAGACGCCAUGUUCCUCACCACGCAUUACUGGGAAGACAAGAAUAAGGAGAAGGAGAUAGUCAGAGGUCUGAACGCUAUUGACGCCGCGGUGCACAAGGGCCUCACACACAUCGUUUUCAACGGGUCGGAGAACGUCAAGCGCGCCAUAGGGAAGGACUGCGGCCACCUCGACAGCAAGGCGGCAAUAGAGGGCUACCUUAGGGAAGUCGGCGUCAACUUCACGAUCAUACGACUGCCGUUCUGGUAUGAGAAUUUCUAUACCGUGUUCCGACCACACCAAGUGAAAUACGGAGUGUACGCGAUACCGCUGCCCAUGGAGGGCAAGCCUCUAGACAUGAUCUCCGUGGAUGAUGUCGGGGGGUGCGUGAUGCACAUCCUGGCACGGCCCAAGUUCUACUCCCGACAGGAACUCAACCUGGCGGCUGACCGGCUCUCCGUUGACCAGAUCGCUCGAGUCUUCUCCAAGAACUUUUUCAAUAAGAAGUUCAUCACACCAAACAUUCGGGUCAAAGAUUACGAAAAGUUUGAUUUCCCCGGUGCACAGGAACUGGCAGCCAUGUUUGCCUUUUACCAAAGUGACCUUGCUAUUCGGGACAUAAAACUAACGAAGAAAUUGAAUUCUAAUUUGAAAACGUUCGACAAGUGGCUGGACCUUGAAGCGGAAAAGGUGGAAAAUGCGAUCAAGGAGGGUACGAAAGAAAUAGAGAGUACAAAAAAGACUUAGCAUCGCGUGCCGAUGGUAUUCAUAAGUGUAAGAUGACGUUCUUACAAAAGCCGCCACGUGACUGAAAUUGAUCACGUGACCGGUGAGAACACAAGAAGUCAGUCGGGUGCGUUUUCUUUCGAAAGGACCAGUAUGCCCAUCGGAAAGAAACAGGAUUUGUGUCGGUGUUGCAAAACAAUUAGAACGAUUUGUUUGUAUCUAUGUAAACGUAUGUACGUGGCGUGAUGUUUUCGAAAAUAAAUUGUCCGUGCGAUUACUGACAUAUAAAAUUCGGCAGAAGAAACACCUAUAUGCAAUAAACAAUAGAGAUUUGAAUAGAGUUUGAUUUCGUAGACCAUGUUUAGGAAAAUAAAGUAGUGUAUGUAAGUUACGGAUUCCGGUUUGUGUGGCUUGAAAUCACUUAAUGACUUUAACAGUGUUUGAAGUCAGAACAUGUGUUUGAUUGAAGUCAGUUGUAUAGUGACUUAGAAGGAGAAGAUGCUUAUCCUGAUACAAACUAUGGUCAACUAUAAAGAAGAAAGUUUUGAAUUUAUUGACGAAAUAUUUCUUUAAUGUGAACAACGCUAAACUGUAUCUUUAAAGUACCUGACAUUUCGCUUACAACUAAUUUGGGCGGUAAUAUGCGAGUGCAUUUACAAAGGGAGCCAAUCGUAUCAUGUAUUCGCUCAAACUUUCAUUAUUUCGCCCCAUUGCCGAUUGUUUAGUAACUAUGAAUUGUUGAUUUGUGUGGGGAUUUUUGUUUAUAUUUAGAGCCACAUGCAUUUAUUGAUUGUGUUUAUUUUUUGUUAUAAUAUAUUGUCUUAUUCUAAGAUUCAUGUGAUAUUGCAUGUUUACAUUUUUAACGAAAUUACCCGCGUCAUGCGAAAAUGUGUGUUAUGCAAUAUGCGGAUAGCGAAGCCCCAGAAUCGCCUGCGCAGUCGCACGGUCUGGUCAGGUUCUCCCGUAUAGUAUACACGUUAACGACAGAAAGUUUGACAGAUUUACCUGCGCUAUUUUUGGAGGAGAUAGUUGAAACCAAACAAUGUAUUUUCCUGUAUUUGAACAGUCUUUCAUGCUUUACCUAUUCAUAUUGGUUUUCGUUGGAGCAUUUUAUGCGGGAAAGCUGAUUCGUUAUUCCAUUGAUGUCAUUUGUCUUGUUAUAGCUGUGUCAGUUCCUUAUCUUGAUCAUUUGCAAAAAUGGUAUAUUAAUGAAAUAGUUACCAUAAAUCCAGCUAAUUAAAUGAUCAAAUAGGUGGAAUAAAUUAUUUUUUCUUGAUUCUUGAUUAAAUUGUGCUAUAGAUAUUAGUAUAUAUGGUUUAUGCAAUUGCUGUUUGCAUCAUUGUCAUUAUUGUUUUGCUCGAUGUAACAAGUUUCUCAUGUUGUUUUGCCAUAGACAAUCAUUAUUUAAAUAAAACAUCCUAAAUCAAGUA